AUGGCUGCAGACAAAGCCAAGGUGCUAGAAGAGAUCUUGCAAUUGGACGAUGACUAUGACUCAGAAGAACUUGAUCGGCUAGAAGAAGAGGCUGAGGAGGAGAUGGAGAAGGAGAUAAAGCAAGAAAAAGAGGCGGUGCAUGAGCAAGAGGUCGCCGACGAAGCGUUGCGUGCGAACGGUGCUGAUGCAUUGCCUGCGUCUCCUGCUAGUACAGAAGACGCAGGAGAGGAGUCGUACGGGCCGUUGGAUCCAGAGCAUGUUGCGCAAGUGCUUUCAGAUUUGCGCGAGCAUGGAAUGAUUGCAUGUCUUCAAAAACACAUUGUCCCAAAUCCCUUCAUCGUGGCGCCGCUGCUGCUGUCUUUGGGCGUGAUGUUGCCGAGAGCUAUUCUGAACGAACUACAAGACGAUCCCUACAAAGGGUUGUCACUGCUUAAAUUGGUGCUCACACGCAUCCUCCGCAAGCGACGCAAGCUUGCAGAAUACAACACUGUGGAAGAUGUGCUGGCGCUUGUACGUAAAAGCAAGCGUAUUGUUGUACUAUCCGGCGCGGGCAUUUCCGUCUCGUGUGGGAUACCUGAUUUUCGGUCCAAAGACGGCAUCUAUUCCAUUCUUGCGCAAGAGAAUCAGUACGAACUAGACGAUCCCAGCGAUAUGUUUGACAAAGAGGUAUUCCUGCGCGACCCGUCCAUGUUUUACUCUUUCGCACACGCCAUCUACCCAUCGCACUACGAGCCUUCUCCGUCGCACCGCUUCAUCAAGCUUUUGGAAGAAAAAGGAAAGCUCUUGCGCAUGUAUUCACAGAAUAUUGAUACCCUUGAGCAAAAAGCAGGAAUUCAGCGCGUCCUCCAGUGCCAUGGAUCGUUUGCCACGGCGACGUGCACGGACCCUUCGUGCAGAUACCAGGUGGACGGGGCGGCCAUCCGCGAAGCGAUUCUUUCUAAGAAUGUGCCGCAGUGCCCCAAGUGCACCGCACGACGAGCAAAGCGCUCCAAGCGCGAGGCGAAGCGCCAAAAGGUUGCGCGAGGCUGGACCGCUGAGAGCGCGUCCGAGGGCGAAGAGGAACUCGCGUAUGGGAUUAUGAAGCCAGAUAUUACUUUUUUCGGUGAAAAGCUCCCCGAUGCGUUCGAGCACGCUGUGCUUGCUGACCGUGAGGAGGUGGAUCUGAUCAUGGUAAUGGGCACGUCGCUUAAAGUCGCGCCUGUGGCCGAUCUUCUCUCACACCUUCCACCACACAUCCCAACCGUGCUGAUCAACCGCACGCCGAUCACACACAUGGCGCUGGACGUGAUGCUUCUUGGCGAUGCAGAUUGUGUGGUGGCAUAUCUAUGCGACAAGCUCGAUUGGACCUUGUCCCACGCGCCUGCGCCCAUACCUGAGCCCCUGCGUGUGGCAUCCAGCCAUGUCCACCAGUUCCCUGGCGCAGAAGGCGGCUGGUACGUCGAAGCAUUAUUGGAGGAGGAAGAUGGAUAG